CCAUGAAAAUAUAACUUGUCCAUUUAUUGACUCAACACAUUUUGAUCCGUCCAGAUUUAUCCCCACUUCCAUUUGACACACCUACUUAUACAUAUUAAAACCACACUCUUUGGUUUCACUUCUCAACAACACAUUAUUUAGCUCAGCCAAAAUGUUCACUUCUCCUUCUCCUCCGUCGCCACCACCAGUACUCCAAUUAGUCAAUAGCUCAUUGUCACAAUCUUCCAACUCACUAAAGAACAUCAUCCAUAAUAUCCUAUCUUAUAACAACAACAUAAUGCUUGCAGCAAUCAUAUCACUUCUUCUUGUAAUCCUCUUUAUUUUACUUCUACACAUUUAUGCCAAGUGGUUCUUAGUCGAAGCUCGCCAUAGGAGUGUUCGAAACUCACUCUCUUCUCCUUUUCAUAAUUCUCAUUCCUUCGUCGUUGAUACAAACUUUGCUAGUUCUCCAACAAAGGGUCUCGAAAGAUCAACGAUUUCUUCAAUCCCUUUGUUUGUGUACAAACACGAAAAUGAGAAGCAGGAAGAAUAUGAGUUGGAAUGUAUUAUAUGUUUGUGUUUAUUGGAAGAUGAAGAUGUUUAUAGGAAGUUACCUAAGUGUAACCAUGCAUUUCAUGUGGAGUGCAUAGAUAUGUGGCUGUAUUCACAUUCCACGUGUCCAAUUUGUCGAGCUCCUGUCCUGAUUGACAAAUGUGAAUCCAAGAUUUAGUGCAAGCGGGAUCAGAAUGAUCGUGAUCUUAUUAUACAUAAUAUAUAUACGGGCGGAAGAGCCCCGGGUUUAUUCCUCCACUAUAUCAAAUAUUUUAAAUUUAUUCUUUUGGUGUCAUUCAUACACUUACUAUUAGCAAAUUGUUUAGUAUAUAUACGUGCAACGACUCAGCUCCUCAUUUUGAGUAUUUACAUUCUAAUUUACGUUACAAACAUGCUUACAAGUUGAUAUUACCAUCUAUGACUUGUUGUGAUGGUUUAAUUCGGGUUGAGACUUGAGGAUCAGUUCGGAUGAAUUUUGGAACACUUAGCAAUCAAAUUGUAAUUAUUGUUUUUUUCUGCUAUUGGUGAGUAACCUGGAAGUGUAUCGAGAAAGCGAAGCAAGGGCCAAGAUUGUGAGGUGGGCUCCCUAGGCAAGCCCUAGCCAUCUCAAUCUCAU